AUGUCUUCAGGUGCUAAACUAAUUGCAAAAGUUCUCAAGAAACUAGGUGUAACGACAGUAUUCGGAAUAGUUGGAAUCCCAAUUGUCGAAGUUGGUGAUGCUUUGAUUGCAGAGGGGGUUAAGUUCAUAGCAUUCAGAAACGAGCAAGCUGCUUCGUAUGCUGCUUCUGCUCAUGGAUACUUGACUGGAAAACCAGGUGUACUUCUUGUGGUUGGUGGUCCUGGUGUUGUACAUGCUGCUGCUGGUAUUUUCAAUUCCAAUGCUAACCGCUGGCCUUUAUUAGUUUUGGCUGGAUCUUCAAGUAUUAAUGAUGUUUCUAAAGGUGGUUUUCAAGAGCUAGAUCAAAUAAGUUUUUUGAGUCCAUAUACAAAAUUUAGUGGUAGACCUCUAUCAAUUGAUCAAAUACCAUCUUAUUUAUUCAAGGCUUACAAAACCAGCUUUUUUGGUGUUCCUGGUUCAACAUAUAUUGAUCUUCCUGCUGAUUUAGUCGAAGGUGAACUUUCGGAGGAAGAAGAGCAACACUUAUUGAAAAGUGUCAGUCAGUUGUCUAUUAAAGACAUUCCAACGUUUGUCCCACCAAAGAACCAAAUUUUACAGAUCGCAAAAACUCUACAUAAUGCUAAAUCGCCUUUGAUAAUAGUGGGUAAAGGUUCUGCGUAUUCAGGUGCAUCAUCAGCUAUUACAAACUUUGUUGAAACCCAUAAAAUUCCAUUUUUACCUACCCCUAUGGGUAAAGGUGUUGUGCCAGAUGAUUCAUAUCUUAAUGUUUCUUCUGCUAGGUCAAAAGCUCUUAAAUCUGCUGACGUGAUAAUACUUCUAGGUGCAAGAUUGAAUUGGAUUUUACAUUUUGGUGAAGCUCCAAGAUUUAAAGAAGAUGCUAUCUUUAUACAAGUUGACCAGUCACCAGAAGAGGUUGGUAAUAAUUCAUCUUUAUCGAUUUCAUAUGGUUUAGUUGGUGACAUAUCAUUAGUUAUCCAAGAACUUAACAAACAUAUUAAAUCAAGUUAUACUGCACCACCAAUAACAGAUGAUAUCAAGCAAACUAUUGAAAAGAAUAAUAAGUCUCUUGAAGCUAAGGAAAACAAACAUAAUAACCAACUAACAUACCAAAACGUCUACAAAGUUAUUCGUGGCUUAAUUAAUCCAAUUGAGAAAAAUACAGUGCUUGUAUCUGAAGGGGCAAACACAAUGGACGUUGCUAGGAUAUCAUUUCCACAAAACUAUCCAAGGUUGAGAUUGGAUGCAGGUACAAAUGCCACAAUGGGGGUUGGAUUAGGUUAUGCAAUUGCUGCCAAAGCUGUACACCCUAAUAAGCAUGUGGUUGCAAUCGAAGGUGAUUCAGCUUUUGGGUUCUCUGGUCUUGAAAUUGAAACUGCUGUGCGAGCACAUUUACCAAUUAUUAUUGUUGUUAUGAAUAAUAGUGGUCUCUAUAAAGGCAUUGAUACUUCUAAACAUUCAUAUGAUGAUUAUAAGAGUCUGCCUUCAACUGCGUUGAGCAAAGAAACGAGAUAUGAUCUAUUAGCUCAAAGUCUAGGUGCACGAGGUAUCUUGGUGAAGACAAGUCAAGAAGUCCAUGAUGCAUUUUCACAAGCAUUAGAAAAUUCAACAAAAGGCGAGACCACCAUUCUUAACGUGAUUAUAUCUCCUGGUGAGCAAAAGAAAGUUGGGUUUGGCUGGCAGAAUAAGAAAAAGCAAGUCAAGCUGUGA